GCAUGUGCAUAAAUGAAUGUGUCUCUGUGCAGGCCAACCUAGACGAGCAGCAGACCUCGUCCAACAUGUUUGUCAGAGCGCUGAUGACCUGCAUCUGCCAGUCAGCAGUCAUCUGUGAGAACCCCUACAAGGUGGACGGUGAGCAGAUCAAACAGAGGGCCAAAGUGCUGCAGAAAUACCUGAAGGACGAACAGAAGGAGCUGCAGGCGCUGUACGCCCUGCAGGCUCUGAUGGUUCAAAUGGAGCAACCUGCCAAUCUCCUGCGGAUGUUUUUCGACACUCUUUACGAUGAGGACGUGAUCAAAGAGGAGGCCUUCUACAAGUGGGAGUCUAGCAAAGACCCCGCCGAGCAGCAGGGCAAGGGCGUGGCCCUCAAGUCCGUCACCGCCUUCUUCACUUGGCUCCGCGAGGCCGAGGACGAGUCGGACAACAGCUAGGGCCCCCUCGGACCGCUGGGGGAACUGGUGGGAGUUUGGAGAUGAUCUUUGGGGGGAGGGGGGGUAGCGAACGUGCUGUGGAUGAUUCAGAAAAUCCUGAAUCAGCAAAAUCCUUCUGCAUAAACAGAAAAAAGCAAGAAAAAAAAUUCUUCAACUGGGAGAGAUUGUAUUAUGGAUCGAACAUUCGAUCGUGUUAUUAUUAUUUUUUUUCUUUUUUUGGGGUUUCUUUUUUUCCUUGCGCAACUGAAUGUCUUUUUUGAAUUAAAUAAAUGAAAAUACAAGAUUAAAUAAAGAGAAUAGAUAUGAGAGAGAGUGAAUGCUGAGAAGCGUUACAAGCCGUGGGAGAUAAUGCUGUUUCCUUCAGUAUUUUUUUUUUUUUUUUGAAGUUUAUCUCCUGUUUUCAGAUGGCUUUUCCUCGCCACGGCAACACUAUUCAAGACACUUUGCUUAAUGACAGAUAUUAAAAAAAGGCUAUUCACAUCUAUAUUUUUGAUGACUUCAUCCUUUAUCAUGUGAACACGACACGGCAACAUUGUCAUGUCACAUGUACGGUGUUUGAUCUACAUGAGGCGCUUAUGUAGGCGGCUAGCUUUUUUGUUUCUCGUUUUUUUUUCCAGUGUUGGAUGGUUGGAGUGUGUUUUAUAAAAAAAUAGAAAACUACAAAGAAGAGUGGCGAGAGCUGUCUAACGGACAUUUAAGACAGGAUAACGGUUGUGGACUCCCGAGGAUUUCACGCAGACUUUACGAGGACGGUGUCACUAAGGAGAGGGGGGACGAACAUUGACCAUUUUGCUGCUGGGGGGCCACAACGCUUCCCUGACGCCCCUCAACCACACCCUAAACCCCACAAACCCUCCCAUGUGUCUGUUUUACUUGUUUCCUGCGCUUAAAAACAAAGAAACGGUGGACUGAGAAAGGGAGUGCAAGAGCGAGGGCUCACGUCUGCACCCUCCUACAAAACCUGUUGUCGGAUUUUAAAAAGAUAAAAUAACGUUAUGGAAACUUGAAAAGAGUAUACAGACAAAAAUCCACUUUAAUGAAAAAGGACUAUAAAAAAAAGUUUAACAGUACGAAUCCUAAGGCCUUUUCUGCUUCCAUGAGUGGAAAUGCAUUUCAGGAGAGUUCUGUAAAUAUAUAAAUUUUUUUUUUUUUUUUUUUUUGUUUUUUUUUUUUCAAAGAAAAGAUGCUAAGGUAAUGCCAUGUAAUUUUCCCUUCCUCUGAAACAAAGUGGCAGUCUUUUCCCUGUAUUUAUAUUUUUCUCUCCUCAGCCGGCAGAAGGUGCUUGUAAUUAUCCAACCCAGUCAUUGAUUACAAUUUAAUUGAAAAUUUGUAAAUACUUUUUUGCUUUACUUUAUUAAAAAGAUAUUUAAUUAAAGUAAAAUUAAUGCCUCUUUUCACAUCAAAAACUGGAAGAGAUAAUAGAGAUCGUUGCCAAUAAAAGAAAAACUCCCAUA